CCAUACUUCACCGCGCCGCUGACUCAGCGGACUCAGCUCGCCCGAGAUCGGCGGCGGCGCUGGUGGCAGCAGCGGCAGCGGCAGUGAAAUCAUCUCAGCAGCCUCGGGACCAUGGGCUCUCGCGCGGGAACCGCGGGCUUCUGCCGCGAGAUGUGGUCCGGGUUCUUUGACUACGAGACGCCCAAGACCAUGGUGGUGAAGAGCCGCAAGCUGGGGGUCGUCUACCGCGGGGCGCAGGCUCUCAUCCUCACCUACUUCGUCGGCUGGGUGUUUCUGACCGAGAAGGCCUACCAGACGGCCGAGGGGGUGAAGGAGGUUUCCGUCAUCUCAAAGGUCAAGGGGGUCACUGCGACCAACGGUAGCGACUUGAGGGCGCGCGUGUGGGACGUGGCCGAGUACGUGAUGCCCCCACAGGGCACGGACAGCUUCGUGAUCAUCACCAACGUGCUCGAGACGCCCAUGCAGUCGCUCGGAGUGUGUCCCGAGGACCCCGACACUCCCACGGCGCCAUGUUCCAACGACACCAGCUGCCGACCAGGGGAACGAGACCAACUCUACAAUGGAGUGAAGACGGGCCGCUGCUCGGGCAACAGGGGGCAGGGCACGUGUGAGGUGUUCGCCUGGUGCCCCGUGGAGUCCGAGGGACGCAACGCCAAGUACACCCUCUUGGCUGAGGCCGAGAACUUCACCAUCUUCAUCAAGAACAACAUUCGCUUCCCCAAGUUCAACUUCUCCAAGGGCAACCUGCGAGAUAACAUGCCCAAGACCUACCUCCAGUCGUGCAAGCACGACGCCCGGCACAACAACUACUGCCCCAUCUUCCGCCUGGGUGACAUGUUGAAGAGGGCUGGCCUCACCUACCAGAAGUUCUCUAAAAAGGGCGGGGUGCUGGGAGUUCUAAUCAGCUGGACGUGCGACCUGGAUCGCGGCGCGGACUCCUGCAACCCCAUGUACUCAUUCAGACGCCUCGACAACGGGGCGGGCUACAACUUCAGGUACGCGCGCUACCACGUGCUCCCCGGCGGCGUUGAGGCGCGCACGCUCGUCAAGGCGUACGGCAUCCGCGUGGACAUCGUCGUCUCCGGCGAGGCGCGCAAAUUCUACAUCAUCCCCACCAUCAUCAACCUCGCCGCUGCUCUGACCUCUGUCGGGGUGGCCUCGGUGAUUUGUGAUUGGCUGCUGCUGAACACCAUGAGGAGACGCAACAUCUACCGCAUGAGCAAGUUCGAGGAGGUGAACGAGGGCACGGCGCCCAGGGCCGAACUCUCGUCGCUGCCGUCGCGGGAGCUCGCUGGCGGAAAAGCGGACGCGCUCUCCAACGGGUUCUCCACGGACGACUCAAUGCUGUGAGGAGGGCCGCACCGGCCUCCGGGCCGGCCUCCGGACCGGACCGGUUCUUCAUCCGUACGAGAGGAGAUGGCCGCAGGGUGCCGAGUCGUGGACCGGGCGAAUUGGGCGCUCGGGUUUUGCGAUUCGCCGAGCGAUUGCGGUUAAAGAGCAGAGAAUUGAAACGCCGUCAAAGGUCAAUAGGUCAACACGACCGGUGCCGUCAAUGUCACCCCACAUCAGCCUCCUUCUACCAGAUCUCGAAUUCGUGGCGAAGGUGACACCGGGCCAACGGUGUCAGCUCUUAUGGCCUCAUCAUCAUCACCUUCAUCACCAUCAUCGCCAUCACCAUCACCAGUGUCUGGCUUGAGUGCUUCCCAUUGAUGGCCGACCUCUGAGUGCCAGUCACGGUGACCCGCCUUCCUCCUCCUCCUCCUCCACCCUGCACACCACGUGUCUCUUCCUCCCAUGGUAACUCCCUCAUCCUGAUGUCUACAACGCUCUGUGGCCACGCUCUAUUCACAGCCUACGAGUUACAUUACCCCGCCCUCCACCCAUCACGACCACGCGUCCCACCCAUCGCGUCCUCCUCCUCUUCCCGCCACGUUCUACUCCAAACCUCCAAAUUGUCUACCCCCAUCCCGCGAUUACAUUCCCAGCCACAUCCACAAACCCGACGUUGCCUCGCAUUAGCGCGGUUUUGCUACGUACGGUGCGAAAAAAAGUGCAACAUGCAUACGUGGCAGUCGUAUAGAACGGGCGGCUCUACUCUACAC